GCAGCAGGAAUGUAAUUAUAAGCUGUAGUUUUGUUACAAGAAUGCUGCUCCUCCCUUUUGCCAUAAUAAUGUAUGUUGAUUUUGCUUUCAUGUUUGAUUGUGCAAAUGACGAAGUCUGAAGUAAAAAAAGAAUUAAAGUUAAAACCAGUGUUUCCAACCCUCCCGGUCCCGCCCUAAGUUAUUAAAGUCAGAGAAGCUCUAACACCUCCAUCAUUUAUCCUAAACUCCUAGAACAUCUCACACACAGGUAACAAAAACUGCACGAUUAACAGAUACAUAAGCACAUAAAGAUCACGGAUGAGGAGUAAAUGGAUUUAUGUGGCUAUCCUGGGGAUAGCAUGCAUGAUGCUUGGAGUCAAUGGGAGCAAUACAACAAGCAGUAGCAACUCUACAGACAGCUGGAUAUCUUCUAACAUGACCACCAGCCUGACCCAGACGCUACCAACCAACAUGACCACCAACCUGACCCAGACACUACCACCCAACAUUACCACCAACCUGACCCAGACGAACCCACCCAGCAUGACCACCAACCUAAACCAGGUCGGUCCCUUCAACAUAACUUCAAACUUAACUCAAACAGGACCUCCCAACAUAAACCUUAACCUUACCCAGAUGGGUCCUCUCAACAUGACCACCAGCCUUACCCAGACUGGCCCUCUUAAUAUGACUACAAACCCAUCCCUGAUGGGCCCUCUCAACAUGACCACAAACCCCGACCAGUUAAGCCCUUUUAACAUGACCACAAACUCAACCCAGAUGAGCCCUUUUAACAUGACCACAAACCCAACCCAGAUGAGCCCUCUCAACAUGACCACAAUCCCGAACCAAAUGAGCCCUUUUAACAUGACCACAAACCCAACCCAGAUUGGUCCUCUCAACAUGACCACCAGCCUUACCCAGAUAGGCCCUCUUAAUAUGACUACAAACCUAUCCCUGAUAGGCCCUCUCAAUAUGACCACAAACCCGAACCAGAUGAGCCCUUUAAACACGACCACAGACCCCAACCAAAUGAACCCUUUUAACAUGACCACAAACCCAACCCAGAUGGGUCCUCAUAACAUAACCACCAGCCUUACCCAGACAGGCCCUCUUAAUAUGACUACAAACCUAUCCCAGAUGGGCCCUCUCAACAUGACCACAAACCCGAACCAGAUGAGCCCUUUUAAUAUGACCACAAACCCAACCCAGAUGGGCCCUUUCAACAUGACCGCUAACCUGACACAAACACACCCUUCCAACAUAACCACCAACCUGCCCCAAACACAAACUCCCAACAUAACCACCAACCUGACCCAGACAAACCCUCCCAACAGAACCGCUAACCUGCCCCAAACACACCCUACCAACAUAACCACCAACCUGACCCAGAGAGACCCUACCAACACAACCACUAACCUGACCCAGACAAACCCUCCCAACACAACCACCAACCUGACCCAGACACACCCUCCCAACAUAACCACCAACCUGCCCCAAACACACCCUCCCAACAUAACCACCAACCUGACCCAGACAAACCCUCCCAACAUAACUGCUAACCUGCCCCAAACAAACCCUUUCAACAUAACCGCCAACCUGACCCAAACACACCCUCCUAACAUAACCGCCAACCUGCCUCAAACAUACCCUCCCAACAUAACCACCAACCUGACCCAGACAAACCCUCCCAACAUAACUGCUAACCUGCCCCAAACAAACCCUUUCAACAUAACCGCCAACCUGACCCAAACACACCCUCCUAACAUAACCGCCAACCUGCCCCAAACAAACCCUCCCAACAUAACCACCAACCUGACCCAGACACACCCUCCCAACAUAACCACCAACCUGACCCAGACAAACCCUCCCAACACAACCACCAACCUGACCCAAACACACCCUCCCAACAUAAGCGCUAACCUGCCCCAAACAAACCCUCCCAACAUAACCACCAACCUGACCCAGACAAACCCUCCACACACAACCGCCAACCUGACCCAGACAAACCCUCCCAACACAACCACCAACCUGACCCAAACACACCCUCCCAACAUAACCGCUAUCCUGCCCCAAACAUACCCUCCCAACAUAACCACCAACCUGACCCAGACAAACCCUCCAAACAUAACCACAAACCUGACCCAGACAAACCCUCCCAACAUAACCGCCAACCUGACCCAGACAAACCCUCCCAACACAACCACCAACCUGACCCAAACAAACCCUCCCAACAUAACCGCCAACCUGACCCAGACACACCCUCCCAACAUAACCGCCAACCUGACCCAGACACACCCUCCCAACAUAACCGUCAACCUGACCCAGACAAACUCUCCCAACAUAACCGCCAACCUGACCCAGACACAUCCUCCCAACAUAACCGUCAACCUGACCCAGACAAACCCUCCCAACAUAACCGCCAACCUGACCCAGACAAACCCUCCCAACUUAACCGCCAACCUGACCCAGACACACCCUCCCAACAUAACCGCCAACCUGACCCAGACAAACCCUCCAAACAUAACCGCUAACCUGACCCAGACAAACCCUCCAAACAUAACCGCUAACCUGACCCAGACAAGGCCUCCCAAUAUUACCACAAACCCGAUCCAGACAGGCCCCCUCACCAUAACAAAUAUUAUAACAACAUCAGGCUCUAAUACUCUGUCACCAGACAUCACUGGCAGGGAUAACUGCAAGAGGGAUAGGGCAUGUUUCUCCGCUCCACCUUCCUGUAAUCCAGGUGCAGAAGGUUCCUGCUAUUUUCUUUCCACAAGAGGAGUAAGCGGAAAUGCAGAUAAUUUUACUUUUGAGCUGAGUGGCGAGACAGAUGGUUACAUUGGAGCUGGCCUCUCUCGAGACAGCAGUGGUCAAGGUGCCACCGUCUAUUCUUGUGCCAAAUUCAAUGGUGCACUGAGGUUAAUUCGUUCCACACUGAACAAUCAAAUAUUGAUGCAGGAUAAUACAUUUAUCCCUGGAAGCUUCCAAGGCUCAGUCAUUGGUAGAAAGAUUCAAUGCAUUUUCAAUGCUGCAGGUCUCAGCAGCACCACCCGUUCUGCAACCACAGACACUUUUGUCUUCCUUGUAACAGGCAGCAUAUUAAAUGGUUCUCUGGAUUCUCCAGUCAGUAGACUGACCACAAAUGGGGCAGUGGACUUAAGCAACCCCAACAGCACAGACGUUUCAGUAAUAACACCCAGUACAAAUGCCACUGCAUCUAAUACCACAGCAACAUCAACCACCACUGCAGCAUCUACAAACUUGACCCAGACGAUACUUCCCAACAUGACCACCAACCUGAUCCAGACACCCCCUUCCAACAUAACCACCAACCAGACUCAAACACGCCCACCCAACAUAACUGCCAACCUGACCCAGACAAACCCUCCCAACAUAACCGUCAACCUGACCCAGACAAACCCUCCCAACAUAACCGCCAACCUGACCCAGACACCCCCUCCCAACAUUACCGCCAACCUGACCCAGACACCCCCUCCCAACAUUACCGGUCAAGGUGCCACCGUCUAUUCUUGUGCCAAAUUCAAUGGUGCACUGAGGUUAAUUCGUUCCACACUAAACAAUCAAAUAUUGAUGCAGGAUAAUACGUUUAUCCCUGGAAGCUUCCGAGGCUCAGUCAUUGGUAGAAAGAUUCAAUGCAUUUUCAAUGCUGCAGGUCUCAGCAGCACCACCCGUUCUGCAACCACAGACACUUUUGUCUUCCUUUUAACAGGCAGCAUAUCAAAUGGUCAGUGCAACUCUCUGAUCACGUUCUCUGGAUUCUCCAGUCAGUAG